CCGCCUCGCUCUGCAGCCGGACGGGACCCCCCCUGGCCCCCCACCCCUUUGCCCAGCCGCGGGGGUCGCUGCCCUUGCCCUGAACCCAUUGCACGGGGGGGCUGCCGCUGGGUCUGGCUGCAAAUGCAAACCCCGCUCCCUGCAUAGCAGGCUGAGACCCCCCCUCCAACCCCCCCCCCACGUCCCCUCCGCCCCCCCCACGUUCCCCAGCCUUGCUGCUGGCCGCGCUCCCCUCCUGGGCUGGGAGAGGAGGAGGAGGAGGAGGGGGGGCCUCUUCCCCUAUUUGUGUUGGAUGGUGGUGCAAGGGCUGAGCGCUCCCCCCCCCCGUGGAGGAAGGGGAGACGGAGCGCAGGAGCAGAGGUGAAGCGGCUGCGAGCCUGCCCGGCCGUGUCUAGCGGGAGCCCGGCUCUCCCAGGCUCGCCCAGCCAUGCUGGCCCCCCGGGCGGAGGUGCUGGCGGCGACCCUGCUGAUCGCCUUGGGAUAUUUGCACCCCCUGGCCGGGAUCGGGCCCAUCUCUGCCCUGGACGCACCGAAGACAUGUAGCCCUAAACAGUUUGCAUGCAAAGAUCAGAUUACGUGCAUAUCUAAGGGCUGGAGGUGUGAUGGAGAGAAAGACUGUCCCGACGGAUCCGAUGAAUCUCCUGAUAUAUGUCCGCAGAGCAAGGUGUCGCGGUGCCAACCCAAUGAACAUAACUGCCUGGGCACGGAGCUGUGCAUACCCAUGAGCAAGCUAUGCAACGGUCUGCAGGACUGCUUCGACGGCUCGGACGAGGGGUCGCACUGCCGGGAGUUUCUGGCCAACUGCUCGGCCCUGGGGUGCCAGCACCACUGCGUCCCGACGCUCGUCGGACCCACCUGCUACUGCAACAGCUCCUUCCAGCUGGCCGAGGACAGGAAGAGCUGCAAAGACUUCGAUGAGUGCACCAUCUACGGGACCUGCAGUCAGACGUGCACGAACACGGAGGGCUCCUACACGUGCAGCUGCGUCGAGGGCUAUCUCCUGCAGCCCGAUAACCGAUCCUGCAAAGCGAAGAAUGAGCCUGUGGACCGGCCCCCGGUGCUGCUCAUCGCCAACUCCCAGAACAUCCUGGCCACCUACCUGAGCGGCGGCCCCGUGCCCAACAUCAUCCCCACCAGCACCAAGCAGACCACCGCCAUGGACUUCAACUACAUCGAGGACACGGUGUGCUGGGUCCAUGUGGGCGACAGCGCGUCCCAGACCAUCCUCAAGUGCGCCAAGAUCCCCAACCUGAAGGGCUUUGUGGAGGAGCGCUCCAUCAACAUCUCCCUCAGCCUGCACCACGUAGAGCAGAUGGCCAUCGACUGGCUCACCGGCAACUUCUACUUUGUGGACGACAUCGACGACCGGAUCUUCGUCUGCAACAGGAGCGGGGACACCUGCGUCACGCUGCUCGACCUGGAGCUGUACAACCCCAAGGGCAUCGCGCUGGACCCGGCCAUGGGAAAAGUCUUCUUCACCGACUACGGGCAGAUCCCCAAGGUGGAGCGCUGCGACAUGGACGGGCAGAACCGCACCAAGCUGGUGGAUAGCAAGAUCGUCUUCCCCCAUGGCAUCACCCUGGACCUGGUCAGCCGGCUGGUGUACUGGGCCGACGCCUACCUGGACUACAUCGAGGUGGUGGACUACGAGGGCAAGAACCGGCACACCAUCAUCCAGGGCAUCUUGAUCGAGCAUCUCUACGGCCUGACCGUCUUCGAGAACUACCUCUACGCCACCAACUCGGACAAUGCCAACGCCCAGCAGAAAACCAGCGUCAUCCGGGUCAACCGCUUCAACAGCACCGAGUACCAGGUGGUCACCAGGGUGGACAAAGGGGGAGCGCUGCAUAUCUACCACCAACGACGGCAGCCCACAGUGCGGAGCCACGCCUGUGAACCGGACCAGUUCGGCAAACCUGGAGGCUGCUCUGACAUCUGCCUCCUCGGGAACAGCCACAAGACCCGGACUUGCCGGUGCCGAUCUGGAUUCAGCUUGGGCAGCGACGGGAAGUCUUGCAAAAAGCCGGAGCAUGAGCUGUUCCUGGUGUACGGGAAGGGUCGCCCCGGCAUCAUCCGGGGCAUGGACAUGGGGGCCAAGGUGCCAGACGAGCACAUGAUCCCCAUCGAGAACCUGAUGAAUCCCCGGGCCCUUGACUUCCACGCCGAGACGGGCUUCGUCUACUUCGCCGACACCACCAGCUACCUGAUCGGGCGCCAGAAGAUCGACGGGACGGAGCGCGAGACCAUCCUGAAAGAUGGCAUCCACAAUGUGGAAGGGAUCGCCGUGGACUGGAUGGGGAACAACCUGUACUGGACGGACGACGGCCCCAAGAAGACCAUCAGCGUGGCGCGGCUGGAGAAGGCCGCCCAGACCAGGAAGACGCUGAUCGAAGGGAAGAUGACGCACCCUAGGGCCAUCGUGGUGGAUCCCUUGAAUGGCUGGAUGUACUGGACCGACUGGGAGGAGGACCCCAAGGACAGUAAGAGGGGCAAGAUCGAACGGGCCUGGAUGGACGGCUCCAACCGCAACGUCUUCAUCACCUCCAAGACGGUGCUUUGGCCCAACGGGCUGAGCCUGGACAUCCCGGCCAAGGUCCUCUACUGGGUGGACGCCUUCUACGACCGCAUCGAGAUGAUCUUUCUGAACGGCACCGAGCGCAAGAUUGUCUACGAGGGCCCGGAGCUGAACCACGCCUUUGGCCUCUGCCACUACAGCAACUUCCUCUUCUGGACGGAGUACCGGAGCGGCAGCAUCUACCGGCUCGACCAGGCGUCCAAGGCCGUCACCCUGCUGCGCAACGAGCGCCCGCCCAUCUUCGAGAUCCGCAUGUACGACGCCCAGCAGCAGCAAGUGGGCACCAACGACUGCCGUGUCAACAACGGGGGCUGCAGCAGCCUGUGUCUGGCCAUCCCCCGGGGCCGGCAGUGCGCCUGUGCCGAGGACCAGAUCCUGGGCCCCGACUCCGUCACCUGCCAAGCCAACCCGUCCUACGUGCCCCCUCCGCAGUGCCAGCCCGGGGAGUUCGCCUGCAAGAACAACCGCUGCAUCCAGGAGCGCUGGAAAUGCGACGGCGACAACGACUGCCUGGACAACAGCGACGAAGCGCCGGAGCUCUGCCACGAGCACACCUGCCCCUCGGACCGUUUCAAGUGCGAGAACAACCGCUGCAUCCCCAACCGCUGGCUCUGCGACGGCGACAACGACUGCGGCAACAACGAGGACGAAUCCAACUCCACCUGCUCUGCCCGGACCUGCCCCCCCAACCAGUUCUCCUGCGCCAGCGGCCGCUGCAUCCCCAUCUCCUGGACCUGCGACCUGGAUGACGACUGCGGGGACCGCUCGGAUGAGUCCUCCUCCUGCGCUUACCCGACCUGCUUCCCCUUGACCCAGUUCACCUGCAACAACGGGCGCUGCAUAAACAUCAACUGGCGAUGUGACAAUGACAACGACUGCGGGGACAACAGCGACGAGGCCGGCUGCAGCCACUCCUGCUCCAGCAACCAGUUCAAGUGUAACAGCGGGCGCUGCAUCCCCGUGCACUGGACCUGCGACGGUGACAACGACUGCGGGGAUUACAGCGACGAGACCCACGCCAACUGCACCAACCAGGCCACCCGCCCGCCUGGGGGCUGCCACACGGACGAAUUCCAGUGCCGGCUGGACGGGCUGUGCAUCCCCAUGCGCUGGCGCUGCGACGGCGACACGGACUGCAUGGACUCCAGCGACGAGAAGAGCUGCGAGGGCGUCACCCACGUCUGCGACCCCAACGUCAAGUUCGGCUGCAAGGACUCGGCCCGCUGCAUCAGCAAGGCCUGGGUGUGCGACGGAGACAGCGACUGCGAGGACAACUCGGACGAGGAGAACUGCGAGUCGCUGGUGUGCAAGCCGCCCUCCCACACCUGCGCCAACACCACCUCCGUCUGCCUGCCGCCCGACAAGCUGUGCGACGGCACCGACGACUGCGGCGACGGCUCCGACGAGGGCGAGCUGUGUGACCAGUGCUCUCUGAACAACGGCGGCUGCAGCCACAACUGCACGGUGGCCCCGGGCGAGGGCAUCGUCUGCUCCUGCCCGCUGGGCAUGGAGCUGGGCGCCGACAACCGGACCUGCCAGAUCCAAAGCUACUGCGCCAAGCACCUCAAAUGCAGCCAGAAGUGCGAGCAGGACAAGUACAAUGUCAAGUGCUCCUGCUACGAGGGCUGGAUGCUGGAGCCCGACGGCGAGAGCUGCCGAAGCCUGGACCCCUUCAAGCCCUUCAUCAUCUUCUCCAACCGCCACGAGAUCCGGCGCAUCGACCUGCAGAAGGGCGACUACAGCGUCCUGGUGCCCGGCCUGCGCAACACCAUCGCCCUCGACUUCCACCUCAACCAGAGCUCCCUCUACUGGACGGACGUGGUGGAGGACAAGAUCUACCGGGGGAAGCUGCUGGAGAACGGGGCUCUCACCAGCUUCGAGGUGGUGAUCCAGUACGGGCUGGCCACGCCCGAGGGCCUGGCCGUGGACUGGAUCGCCGGCAAUAUCUACUGGGUGGAGAGCAACCUGGACCAGAUCGAGGUGGCCAAGCUGGACGGCACCAUGCGCACCACGCUGCUGGCCGGGGACAUCGAGCACCCACGCGCCAUCGCCCUCGACCCCCGCUACGGCAUCCUGUUCUGGACGGACUGGGACGCCAGCCUGCCUCGCAUCGAGGCAGCUUCCAUGAGCGGCCAGGGCCGGCGCACAAUCCGCGUGGGCUCCUUUCUGCUGUACUCGGUGCACGAGGGGAUCCGCGGCAUCCCCCUGGAUCCCAACGACAAGUCCGACGCCCUGGUGCCCGUGUCUGGGACCUCGCUGGCCGUGGGGAUCGAUUUCCACGCAGAGAACGACACCAUCUACUGGGUGGACAUGGGCCUCAGCACCAUCAGCCGGGCCAAGCGCGACCAGACAUGGCGGGAGGACGUGGUCACCAAUGGGAUCGGGCGCGUGGAAGGCAUCGCGGUCGACUGGAUAGCAGGAAACAUCUACUGGACGGACCAAGGCUUUGACGUCAUCGAGGUGGCCAGGCUAAACGGGUCAUUCCGCUACGUUGUCAUCUCGCAGGGGCUGGAUAAACCUCGGGCCAUUACGGUGCACCCGGAGAAAGGGUACCUGUUCUGGACAGAGUGGGGCCAGUACCCCCGCAUCGAACGCUCUCGCCUGGAUGGGACAGAACGGAUGGUCCUGGUCAACGCGAGCAUCAGCUGGCCCAACGGGAUAUCGGUCGACUACCAGGACGGGAAGCUGUACUGGUGUGACGCUCGGAUGGACAAGAUCGAACGCAUCGACCUGGAGACGGGAGAGAACAGGGAGGUUGUCCUGUCAAGCAACAACAUGGACAUGUUCUCGGUGUCGGUCUUCGAGGAUUACAUCUACUGGAGUGACCGGACCCACGCCAACGGGUCCAUCAAAAGGGGCAGCAAGGACAACGCCACGGAGUCGGUGUCCCUGAGGACAGGGAUAGGAGUGCAGCUGAAGGACAUCAAAGUGUUCAACCAAGCCAGGCAAAAGGGCACCAACGUCUGCGCCCAGAACAACGGCGGCUGCCAGCAGCUGUGUCUGUUCCGCGGCAACGGGCAGCGGACGUGCGCCUGUGCCCACGGCAUGCUCGCUGAGGACGGGGUGAGCUGCCAGGACUACGACGGCUACCUGCUCUACUCCGAGCGCACCAUCCUCAAGAGCAUCCAUCUGUCGGACGAGAGCAACCUCAACGCGCCCGUCAAGCCCUUCGAGGACGCCGAGCACAUGAAGAACGUCAUCGCCCUGGCCUUCGACUACCGCGCCGGCACCGCCGGCAGCAACCGCAUCUUCUACAGCGACAUCCACUUCGGCAACAUCCAGCAGAUCAGCGAUGACGGCACCGGGCGCAAGACCAUUGUGGAGAAUGUGGGCUCAGUGGAGGGGCUGGCGUACCACCGGGGCUGGGACACGCUGUACUGGACCAGCUACACCACGUCCACCAUCACCCGGCACACGGUGGAUCAGAGCCGCCUGGGGGCCUUUGAGCGGGAGACAGUCAUCACCAUGUCAGGAGACGAUCACCCUCGAGCCUUCGUGCUGGACGAGUGCCAGAACCUGAUGUUCUGGACCAACUGGAACGAGCAGCACCCCAGCAUCAUGCGGGCCACCCUGGGCGGGGCCAACGUCCUCAUCAUCAUCGAUCAGGACAUCCGGACGCCCAACGGGCUGGCCAUUGACCACAAGGCCGAGAAGAUCUACUUCUCUGACGCCACGCUGGACAAGAUCGAGCGCUGCGAGUACGACGGGUCCCACCGCUACGUGAUCCUGAAAUCGGAGCCGGUGCACCCCUUCGGCCUGGCCGUCUACGGCGACUACAUCUUCUGGACGGACUGGGUGCGCCGGGCUGUGCAGCGGGCCAACAAGUACGUGGGCACGGACAUGAAGCUGCUGCGCGUGGACAUCCCCCAGCAGCCCAUGGGCAUCAUCGCCGUGGCCAACGACACCAACAGCUGCGAGCUGUCCCCCUGCAGGGUGAACAACGGGGGCUGCCAGGACCUGUGCCUGCUCACCCCCAAGGGGCACGUCAACUGCUCCUGCCGGGGCGAGCGGGUCCUGCAGGAGGAUUUCACCUGCAAAGCCCUGAACUCCACCUGCAACGUUUACGAGUUCGAGUGUGGGAAUGGCGAGUGCAUCGACUACAGCCGCACCUGCGACGGCUCCGCGCACUGCAAGGACAAGUCCGACGAGAAGCAGUCCUACUGCAGCAGCCGCAAGUGUAAGAAGGGCUUUCUGCACUGCAUGAACGGGCGCUGCCUGGCCAACGCCUUCUGGUGCAACGGCAUGGACGACUGUGGGGACAACUCGGACGAAGUGCCCUGCAACAAGACCAGGUGCGCGACGACGGAGUUCCGGUGCCGGGACGGGAGCUGCAUCGGGAACUCAAGCCGCUGUAACCAGUUCAUCGACUGCGAGGACGCGUCGGACGAGAUGAACUGCAGCGCCACCGACUGCAGCAGCUACUUCAAGCUGGGGGUGAAAGGCCUGACGUUCCAGAAGUGCGAGCACACAUCGCUGUGCUACGCCCCGUCCUGGGUGUGCGACGGAGCCAACGACUGUGGGGACUACUCGGACGAGCAGAACUGCCCGGGAGUGAGGAAACCCAAGUGCCCGGCCAAUUACUUCGCCUGCCCGAGCGGGAGGUGCAUCCCCAUGACCUGGACGUGCGAUAAGGAGGACGACUGUGAGAAUGGCGAAGACGAGACGCACUGCAAUAAAUUCUGCUACCCCGUGCAGUUCGAAUGCAACAACCACCGCUGCAUCUCCAAGCUGUGGGUGUGCGAUGGGGCGGACGACUGCGGGGAUGGCUCCGACGAAGACAGCCGCUGCCGACUGACCACCUGCAGCUCGGGGUCCUUCCAGUGCCCGGGCACGUACGUGUGCGUGCCAGAGCGCUGGCUCUGCGACGGAGACAAGGACUGUGCCGACGGCUCUGACGAGUCCUUAGCCGCUGGCUGCUUGUACAACAACACGUGUGACGAGCGGGAGUUCAUGUGCGCCAACCACCAGUGCAUCCCCAAGCACUUCGUCUGCGACCACGACGACGACUGCGGCGACGGCUCCGACGAGUCCCCGGAGUGCGAGUACCCGACCUGCGGCCCCCACGAGUUCCGGUGCGCCAACGGCCGCUGUCUCAGCAACAGCCAGUGGCAGUGCGACGGGGAAUUCGACUGCCACGACCACUCGGACGAGGCGCCCAAGAACCCGCGCUGCACCAGCUCCGAGAGCAGGUGCAACGACUCGUUCUUCCUGUGCAAGAACGGCCGGUGCGUGCCCGAGGCCCUGCUCUGCGACAACAACGACGACUGCGCCGACGGCUCCGACGAGCUGAACUGCUUCCUCAACGAGUGUCUCAACAAGAAACUGAGCGGCUGCUCCCAGGAGUGCGAGGACCUCAAGAUCGGCUAUAAGUGUAGAUGCCGGCCUGGGUACAGGCUGAAAGAUGACGGGAAAACCUGCAUCGACAUUGACGAGUGCACCACCACCUACCCCUGCAGCCAGAAAUGCAUCAACACGCUGGGCAGCUUCAAGUGCCUGUGCACAGAGGGCUACAAACUCAGGCCCGACCACCCGACCAGCUGCAAAGCCGUCUCAGACGAAGAGCCCUUCCUCAUCUUCGCCAACCGCUACUACCUGAGGAAACUCAACCUGGACGGCUCCAACUACACGCUGCUCAAACAGGGGUUGAACAACGCCGUGGCUCUGGACUUCGACUACAGGGAGCAGAUGAUCUACUGGACGGACGUCACCACGCAGGGCAGCAUGAUCCGCCGCAUGCACAUUAAUGGGAGCAACGUCCAGGUCCUUCACCGCACCGGUCUCAGCAACCCCGACGGGCUGGCCGUGGACUGGGUGGGCGGGAACCUGUACUGGUGCGACAAGGGCAGGGACACCAUCGAGGUGUCGAAGCUGAACGGGGCCUAUCGCACGGUGCUGGUGAACUCGGGGCUGCGGGAGCCGCGGGCGCUGGUGGUGGACGUGCAGAACGGUUACCUGUACUGGACGGACUGGGGUGACCACUCCCUGAUCGGCAAGAUCGGCAUGGACGGCACCAACCGGAGCGUCAUCGUAGACACCAAGAUCACCUGGCCCAACGGCCUCACCCUGGACUACAUCAAUGGCCGGAUUUACUGGGCAGAUGCCCGGGAGGACUACAUUGAGUUUGCCAGUCUGGACGGCUCCAACCGGCACAUCGUGCUGAGCCAGGACAUCCCGCACAUCUUUGCGCUCACCCUCUUUGAGGACUACAUCUACUGGACCGACUGGGAGACCAAGUCCAUCAACCGAGCCCACAAGACCACCGGGGCCAACAAGUCCAUGCUAAUCAGCACGCUGCACCGGCCCAUGGACAUCCACAUCUACCACGCCUACCGCCAGCCGGACGUCCCCAGUCACCCCUGCAAAACCAACAACGGCGGCUGUAGCAACCUGUGCCUCCUGUCCCCGGGCGGCACCCACAAGUGCGCCUGCCCCACCAACUUCUACCUGGGCGCCGACGGCAAGACCUGCGUCUCCAACUGCACGGCCAGCCAGUUCGUUUGCAAGAACGACAAAUGCAUCCCUUUCUGGUGGAAAUGCGACACGGAGGACGACUGCGGGGACCGCUCGGACGAGCCCGAAGAUUGCCCUGAAUUCAAGUGUCGCCCGGGACAGUUCCAGUGCUCCACCGGGAUCUGCACCAACCCGGCCUUCAUCUGCGACGGAGACAACGACUGCCAGGACAACUCGGACGAGGCCAACUGCGAUAUCCACGUCUGCCUGCCCAGCCAGUUCAAAUGCACCAACACCAACCGCUGCAUCCCUGGGAUCUUCCGUUGCAACGGGCAGGACAACUGCGGGGACGGCGAGGACGAGAAGGAUUGUCCGGAGGUGACCUGCGCCCCCAAUCAGUUCCAGUGUGCCGUCACCAAGCGCUGCAUCCCCCGUGUCUGGGUGUGCGACCGGGACAACGACUGCGUGGACGGAUCAGACGAGCCCGCCAACUGCACACAAAUGACGUGUGGUGUGGACGAGUUCCGGUGCAAGGACUCGGGCCGAUGCAUCCCAGCACGCUGGAAAUGCGACGGGGAGGACGACUGCGGAGACAGCUCGGACGAGCCCAAGGAGGAAUGUGACGAGCGCACCUGCGAGCCGUACCAGUUCCGCUGCAAGAACAACCGGUGCGUGCCGGGCCGCUGGCAGUGCGACUACGACAACGACUGCGGGGACAACUCGGACGAGGAGAGCUGCACGCCCAGGCCCUGCUCAGAGAGCGAGUUCUCCUGCGCCAACGGGCGCUGCAUCGCCGGCCGGUGGAAGUGUGACGGGGACCACGACUGUGCCGACGGCUCCGACGAGAAGGACUGCACGCUGCGCUGCGACUUCGACCAGUUCCAAUGCAAGAACGGGCACUGCAUCCCCAUGCGCUGGCGCUGCGACGCCGACGCCGACUGCAUGGAUGGCAGCGACGAGGAGAACUGCGGCACCGGGGUGCGCACCUGCCCCCUGGACGAGUUCCAGUGCAACAACACCCUGUGCAAGCCGCUGGCAUGGAAGUGCGAUGGGGAGGACGACUGUGGGGACAAUUCGGACGAGAACCCCGAGGAGUGCUUGAGGUUCCAGUGCCCGCCUGGCCGACCAUUCCGCUGCAAGAACGACCGCGUGUGCCUGUGGAUCGGGCGUCAGUGCGACGGCAUCGACAACUGCGGGGACGGCACGGACGAGCGAGACUGCGAGUUGCCCACCGCCAGGCCCAAGAGCUGCAGCCACGAGAAGAGCGAAUUCCUCUGCAAGAACAAGAAAUGCAUCAGCUCCCUCCUGCGCUGCAACUUCUUCGACGACUGCGGGGACGGCUCGGACGAGGAGCCAUGUUCCCAUGGCGAUCCCAAUCUAUACAGCUGCCACACCAACGUAACCAUGUGCGGGGACGAGGCCAAGUGCAUCCAGUCCCAGACGACCGUCUACUGCACCUGCCGCAGCGGCUUCCAGAAAGCACCUGACAAAAACACCUGCCAAGACAUCAACGAGUGCUCGACGUUCGGGACCUGCUCCCAGAUCUGCAACAACACCAAGGGGUCCUACGUCUGCAGCUGCGCCCGCAACUUCAUGAAGACCCAUCACACGUGCAAGGCGGAAGGCUCCGAACAGCAGAUCCUGUACAUCGCCGACGACAACAAGAUCCGCAGCAUGUACCCCUUCAACCCCAACUCGGCCUACGAGCCGGCCUUCCAGGGCGACGAGAACGUGCGCAUCGACGCCAUGGACAUCUACGUCAAGGGCAACAAGAUCUACUGGACCAACUGGCACACGGGCAAGAUCUCCUACCGCGAGCUGCCGUCGUCCGCCGCCUCCACCGCCUCCAACCGCAACCGCCGGCAGCUGGACGGGGGCGUCACCCACCUCAAUAUCUCGGGGCUCAAGAUGCCGCGGGGCAUCGCCGUGGACUGGGUGGCCGGGAACGUCUACUGGACGGACUCCGGGCGUGACGUCAUCGAGGUGGCGCAGAUGAAGGGCGACAACCGCAAAACGCUGAUCUCGGGCAUGAUCGACGAGCCCCACGCCAUUGUGGUCGACCCGCUCCGAGGGACCAUGUACUGGUCCGACUGGGGCAACCACCCCAAGAUCGAGAAGGCCGCGAUGGACGGGACCAUGAGGGAGACGCUGGUGCAGGACAACAUCCAGUGGCCGACAGGCCUGGCUGUCGACUAUCACAACGAGCGGCUGUACUGGGCUGACGCCAAGCUCUCCGUCAUCGGCAGCAUCCGUUUCAACGGCACCGACCCCGUCGUGGCUAUUGAUAACAAGAAAGGACUGAGCCACCCCUUCAGCAUCGACAUCUUUGAGGAUUACAUCUAUGGCGUCACCUACAUUAACAACCGCAUCUUCAAGAUCCACAAGUUCGGGCACGGGCCCGUCACCAACCUGACGUCUGGGCUGAACCACGCCACCGACGUGGUGCUCUACCACCAGUACAAGCAGCCGGACGUGACCAACCCCUGCGACAGGAAGAAAUGCGAGUGGCUCUGCCUUCUGAGCCCUAGUGGCCCCGUCUGCACCUGCCCCAACGGGAAGCGGCUGGACAACGGCACGUGCGUGGUGAUCCCCUCGCCCACCGUCUUGCCCGUCGUCCCGACCGGCGACACCUGCGACCUGGUCUGCCUCAACGGGGGCAGCUGCUUCCUGAACGCCCGCAAGCAGGCCAAGUGCCGCUGCCAGCCGCGCUACAACGGCGAGAAGUGCCAGCUGGACCAGUGCUGGGAGUACUGCCAGAACGGGGGCACCUGCGCCGCCUCCCCGUCAGGGAUGCCGACGUGCCGCUGCCCCACCGGCUUCACCGGGCCCCGGUGCAACCAGCAGGUGUGCGCCGAAUACUGCCUGAACAACGGCAGCUGCAGCGUCAACCUGGGCAACCAGCCCAACUGCCGCUGCCCGGCCGGCUUCCUCGGCGACCGCUGCCAGUUCCGCCAGUGCUUCGACUACUGUGAGAACGAGGGCGUGUGCCAGCUGGCGGCCGGCGGCGCCAAGCAGUGCCGGUGCCUGCCGCAGUACGAGGGUGCCCGCUGCCAGGUCAGCAAGUGCUCCCGCUGCCAGGAGGGCAAGUGCAACAUCAACAGGCAGAGCGGCGAGGUCACCUGCACCUGCCCGAAUGGCAAGAUGGCACCGAGCUGCCUGACCUGCGACAACUACUGCCUGAACGGGGGCACCUGCACCAUGAACGGCAGGACGCAGAUGCCGGAAUGCCAGUGCGCGACGGAUCUGACGGGGCUGCGGUGUGAGGACUUUGGGGUCAGCGAACAGCAGAGCAGCCGAACGGCCUCCAUCGUCAUCCCCAUCGUAUUGCUGCUUCUCAUCCUGCUACUGGGCCUGGCGGUCUUCUGGUACAAGCGGCGGGUUAAAGGCGCCAAAGGCUUCCAGCACCAGCGGAUGACGAACGGCGCCAUGAACGUGGAGAUCGGGAACCCCACCUACAAGAUGUACGAGGGGGAGCCAGAGGACGACGUGGGGGAGCUGCUGGACGCCGACUUCGCCCUAGACCCGGACAAGCCCACCAACUUUACCAACCCCGUCUACGCCACCCUCUACAUGGGAGCCCACAACAGCCGGAACUCGCUGGCCAGCACGGACGAGAAGCGGGAGCUGCUGUCGCGGGGCACGGACGACGACCUGGCUGACCCGCUGGCAUAGGGGGCAGGGAUGGGGGGGGUCGGGCAACCCCCUAGCACAGGGGGCAGAGACGGGGGGGGGGGGUGCGGGGCCGCGGGGUUGGGGAAAAGAAGCCAAUUAAGAGACAAGGGGGGGGGGGCGGGGGGGCGACAGACACUGUAUAAAUGUACAAAUGAAGGAUUAUUACUUUUAUAUGUGAGCAGUAUUAUUACUUGUCUAUUCCCCGGGCCAGGCUCCCUCCCCCACCCCCCCGCGGGACGAGCCGGCAUCUCGGAGCGGGCACAGCGAGGGGUUAAAGUGGGGGGGAUACCCAGCUUGUCUCCAUAGCACUGGGGAGCUGGGUCCAAGGCUGUAGGGGGGAAUCCCCCGCAGCAUUAACCCUGCGAUUGCUCCCCCCGCCCCGGAGCUGCCAGCCCCUUGUUCUAGCUGCAGUUGAACCCUGCCGCGGUUGGGUCCCGGUGGGUUCCCCCCCCCCGGGGCACCGUGUCCAGCCCCCCCCACCCUGAGCUAUGAACAAAUCAGUCUGGGGCCGAGGCCCCGGUGACUCGAUUCCCCCCCCCGCCACCUGCCAGCAGCUGCAGGGGGAGGAGCCAGAUGGAGAGCUCCUCCCCCUUGUCCUCAGCCCCACCCCUCCCGUCCCCAUUCGCCAUUGCAAUCCUGUCCCACCAAUCCGUUCCCUCGCUCCAACCUCACCAAUCCCGCCCAGGCUCCCAUCCAACCAAUCAUCUUCGUUCCCGCCUCCUGCUCCCAUCCCACCAAUCACCUUCCUUCCCGCGCAGGCUCUCAUCCAACCAAUCACCUGCCCCAGAACACUCUCUAGGUGGGAUCCCCUUUUCCCUCCCCGCCCCCGGCACUGAUUCCCGGGGGGGGCGCGGCUCCUUUGGGGCUAGGGGUGUUUGGGGGCCUGCACCCCUGGGCCCCACGGCUGGAGCUGGGGCCGCUGCCUGGGUCUCCCCUGCCGGGGCGGGGGGUUCCUUUCCUUUGCGCCUAGCGCCAUGUUUCGUGCAUGCUCCUGCGGGCGAAGGGGGGGCCCCGGGCACCGCGCUGGGCACCCCGCUCCCCAGGGGCUGCCGCCGGCCCGCCCCAGCUUCAUCUCCACUCGUUUCUCCCACAGGCAUUUUUUUUAAAACCGAAUCAAAUGACCUAGCUUUUCUAGUAGGGACGGGAUACGCCUGUGGGGGGCGGGGCCCCCAGCCUUUGGCGGGGGGGGCGCCUUUUCAUAACUUUUGCUGGAUUACUUUACAACUAAACACAGAGAUUGUUAUAAAUAAAAUUUUUAAAAACUGA